CCGCGCCCGAUGCACGCCUCGUAUACUGACCUUAUCCUCCCCUUCGCAUCGGAACCCGACCUCCUGGAUCGUUACACCAACGCCUCCGGCGGCAUCCGCACCGGCAAGCUGCUCGAGCACCUCGACUCGCUCGCGGGCUCCAUCUCCUACAAACAUGUGCUAGGACCCGGUGUUACUUAUGAUGUGCGCCGGAGCGGGUUCUACAUCGUGACUGCCGCUGUCGAUAGAUUGGACAUGCUCGCGCCCCUCAACCCGGUCCGCGACCUCCGCCUGAGCGGGCAGGUCAUCUACACCGGCAAGUCGUCCAUGGAGGUGGCCGUCAAGAUGGAGGCGCUGCCCAUGCACGGGCAAGAAGGCGGAGAGGAGAAGACGCUCAUGGUCGGCCGGUUCUCCAUGGUCUGUCGUGAUGCUCGCACACACAAGGCGCGCGCCAUCCCUGGUCUUAAGCUGGAAACUCCCGAGGAUGAGGCAUUGCACGCGAUCGGCGAAGCACACAAGAGCCGCCGUCAGAGCCUGGCCCAACGAUCGCUCGAGCGCGUUCCGCCCACGUCAGAAGAGGCCGCGGAUCUGCACGCGUUCUACCUCAAAUACGGGAACGGGGACUUCCAUCCGGGCAACGGGGAGGAGAGGGUGUGGAUGGGAGAUACUACAAUUGAGAAGUGCUUGUUGAUGUUCCCGCAGGAGCGCAACAUCCACCAAAAGAUCUUCGGAGGUUAUCUCAUGCGCCUCGCGUACGAGCUUGGAUUCGCCAACGCCCGGCUCUUCACUCGCGCCCCCGUCCGUUUCCUCUCGCUGGACAAGAUCGCCUUCGCCGCUCCCGUGCCGAUCGGGUCCAUCCUCCGCCUCCGCUCCCGCGUGCUCUACUCCGAGAGCAGCGAGCGCUGGCCCGCUCUCGUCCACAUCGGCGUUCAAGCCAACGUCGUAGAACCCGAGACUGGGUCGGAGACGACCACGAACGACUUUAGGUUCACAUGGUGCCGUGACGCCGGCCCGCCGCUCACGCGCAAGGUCGUCCCUCAAACGUACAAAGACGCGAUGCUCUGGUUAGAGGCGAAGCGCAAUCUGGAGAUCGGCGAUGAGCUGAGGGGGCUCAGGACGGACUAAACGCGGCCGCACUGCGAUCAUAAGACGGGCUUUGAUAUCGGAUACUGCAUCCAGACGGUAUAGCGCUUUCCGAAGGAACAGAUGACACGGAGAAAUGGAUUCUCCGGGCUUGACUCACCAACAUCGAACAUAGACGAUCGGCAUUCCUAGACAAAAACUACUCAUGAUAGACAUAUUCCGUAGAUUGGAUAGGGAGUACCAGAUAGCGUGGUUUUUGUAGCGUGCGCGCUGAAUAAUCUUCAUGACAGAAACAAAGAAAC